GAGAGGAAUGGGGAGGGUGGUGCUGACACCCCAGCCCUUUUCUGCCUGCCAGAGCCCCCACUUACCAGGCCCGAGUCCCCAGAGGCCCCCGCCUACUGCCUGCUUGAUUCCCUUCCUCAGAGGCCUGUCUGUGGCUUGGCUGGGAACUCCUAGGGACAGAGGGAGCACUCCAGCUGUGGGACCGGCGCAUAGCUGAAAGCCGGCGGGCCAUAGGGCCCCGCGGAGGAGGCCCCAGCAGGCGGACCAGGAGGCCGAAGCCUCCAGACGCUCCCAGCCUGUUGCUUAUUCAUUCAGAGUGGGAAAGCGCCAGCCGAGCGGCCAGCCAGUGCGGGGCUGGCCAUGUAAGGCCCACAGGCGGUCCUGCCCGCCCGGUGCCCUGCAGAGAGCCUCGUGCAGCCCUGGGCAUCGCCUCUGCCCUGCCCUGACCCUUUGGCCUCGAAAUGCUGUCAUCGGAGGAGCCGUCCCGCUCGGGACAAGGCCAGCAUGGACAAAGCUAGAGCUGGAGCGAGUAAGGAGCCUUUCUGUCCUCGAGGCCGUGGGAAGAGAAGCGCGCACAGGGGGCCACUCCUGAGAGCCUCUCUGUCCACCCGGCCUCUGCUGAGUGGCCACCAUGGCUCUGGCCCGAGGCAGCCGGCAGCUGGGGGCCCUGGUGUGGGGCGCCUGCCUGUGCGUGCUGGUGCACGGGCAGCAGGCGCAGCCCGGGCAGGGCUCGGACCCCGGGCGCUGGCGGCAGCUGAUCCAGUGGGAGAACAACGGGCAGGUGUACAGCCUGCUCAACUCAGGCUCAGAGUACUUGCCGCCCGGGCCUCAGCGGUCUGAGAGCAGCUCCCGGGUGCUGCUGGCCGGCGCGCCCCAGGCCCAGCAGCGGCGCAGCCACGGGAGCCCUCGUCGUCGGCAGGCGCCGUCCCUGCCCCUGCCGGGGCGCGUGGGCUCGGACACCGUGCGCGGCCAGGCGCGGCACCCGUUCGGCUUCGGCCAGGUGCCCGACAACUGGCGCGAGGUGGCCGUCGGGGACAGCACGGGCAUGGCCCGGGCCCGCACCUCCGUCUCCCAGCAACGGCACGGGGGCUCCGCCUCCUCGGUCUCAGCCUCGGCCUUCGCCAGCACCUACCGCCAGCCGCCCUCCUACCCGCAGCAGUUCCCCUACCCGCAGGCGCCCUACGUCAGCCAGUACGAGAACUACGACCCCGCGUCGCGGACCUACGACCAGGGUUUCGUGUACUACCGGCCCGCGGGCGGCGGCGUGGGCGCGGGGGCGGCGGCCAUGGCCUCGGCGGGGGUCAUCUACCCCUACCAGCCGCGGGCGCGCUACGAGGAGUACGGCGGCGGCGAGGAGCUGCCCGAGUACCCGCCGCAGGGCUUCUACCCGGCCCCGGAGAGGCCCUACGCGCCGCCGCCGCCGCCGCCGCCGCCCCCCGACGGCCUGGACCGCCGCUACUCGCACAGCCUGUACAGCGAGGGCACCGCGGGCUUCGAGCAGGCCUACCCCGACCCCGGCCCCGGCCCCGGCCCCGGCCCCGGCCCCGACGCGGCGCAGGCCUACGGCGGAGACCCGCGCCUGGGCUGGUACCCGCCCUACGCCAACCAGCCCCCCGAGGCGUACGCGCCGCCGCGCGCGCAGGAGCCGCCCUACCUGCCUGUGCGCAGCUCCGACGCGCCCCAGCCGGGUGGGGAGCGGAACGGCGCGCAGCAGGGCCGCCUCAGCGUGGGCAGCGUGUACCGGCCCAACCAGAACGGCCGCGGUCUCCCCGACUUGGUCCCAGACCCCAACUAUGUGCAAGCAUCCACGUAUGUGCAGAGAGCCCACCUGUACUCCUUGCGCUGUGCUGCGGAGGAGAAGUGUCUGGCCAGCACAGCCUAUACCCCUGAGGCCACCGACUACGACGUGCGGGUGCUGCUGCGCUUCCCCCAGCGCGUGAAGAACCAGGGCACGGCAGACUUCCUCCCCAACCGGCCACGGCACACCUGGGAGUGGCACAGCUGCCACCAACAUUACCACAGCAUGGACGAGUUCAGCCAUUAUGACCUACUGGAUGCAGCCACCGGCAAGAAGGUGGCCGAGGGCCACAAGGCCAGUUUCUGCCUGGAGGACAGCACGUGUGACUUUGGCAACCUCAAGCGCUAUGCGUGCACCUCUCACACCCAGGGCCUGAGCCCAGGCUGCUAUGACACGUACAACGCAGACAUCGACUGCCAGUGGAUUGACAUCACCGACGUGCAGCCUGGCAACUACAUCCUCAAGGUGCACGUGAACCCAAAAUAUAUCGUUUUGGAGUCUGACUUCACCAACAACGUAGUGAGAUGCAACAUUCACUACACAGGCCGCUACGUUUCUGCAACAAACUGCAAAAUUGUCCAAUCCUGAUCUCCGGGAGGGACAGAUGGCCAGUCUCUCCCCUUCCAAAGCAGCCCUGCUCCCCCAGCAGCCUCCCGCCCGCCAAGGGGCCCAGCCCCCAACCCACAGGCAGGGGCAUCCCUUCCUGCCGGCCUCAGGGAGCGAACGUGGAUGGAAACCACAGGGAUUCCGGAUGCCAGACCCCACUGUAUACUUCACUUUUCUCUACCGUGUCGUUUUGUUGGUGGUUUUUAUUUUUUAUAUGUUGGCCAUACCACAGAGCUAGAUUGCCCAGGUCCGGGCUGAAUAAAACAAGGUUUUUCUA